UAAUACUGUAUCAACUCCAGCUUCAGGCUCUGAGGAACAGUCUCAAAAUAACAUUAACCAGCAAUCACCUGAAAAUAAAGCCUCAACUACAACUGAGUCAGGAAAUAGUGAUAAUUCAACAUCUAGAUCAGUUCUUCCACCAAAAAUCCAAAGUUCUAGUUUGACCAGUUCUAUUUUGUUGAGAAGGCCCCAAAGUCCUUUAAAUACUGGAAAGUCGCAGUUGCUAAUUCACAAACAGACCUCUCUUUCUGGUGCUGAGAGUGCCAGCCCAAAUGGUCCUCAUUCUCCAAAGCAGUUUAGUCCAAGAGACAAUCAACUCACAGCUUCUAUGGACGAAAGUCAAACUGCUGAUAAAGUUGCCAUUAGGAAUAAAUUGAGAGCUAACAGUUUUCGUUUGAAAGAUUUGCUCACCAAAAAACCUUUUGUACGAUCUCGGGAUGGAAGUAAAGAUGAGAAUGGUGAAGAAAAUGGUGAACAAAAUGCUGAUAAUGUUAGUGAUGAAAGUAGUAGAAAAGUUGGAAGUGUUACAGAAGCGUCAAAUAAAGUAAGUGAGGCAGGGACAGAUAGAACAAGAUGGAGACGUGAGGGAUUGUCCUCACUUGCCAGGUCUAGAUCUACUGCUUCAGAGAAAACUGCUACUCUUAUAUCAGCGAGAUAUCUCAGAACUAGAACUAGAAACAGUCCUCAGUCAUCAACUGGUGACAAAGAGGCUGCUAAUGGUGACAAUGGUAAAACUGCUGAGAAAACCAUAAAUGAAAAUGCAAAUUCUAAGUCUGAAAAUGACACUUCUACUUCAGUUGUUAAAACUGAUGAAAUUGAAAUAGGUUCUCAAAGUACUAACAGGGUUAAGCCGGAUGAUAUUUCAGAGAAUAAACAUGACACGGGAGUUACAGGGUCUGCCCAUAGGAGUAGGGUCACAGUGGGUGCAACUUUGUUACGCAGUCCAAGAACACGAAGUACAUCUGGAACUUCUAAUGUGCCAUGUUCUCCUGUUGAAAAAUCAGGGCCUCAAAAUGGUCUUGAGGACACUUCAAGCAACAACAGUAACUUUCAAAAUGAACCUGACAAUAUUAGUAAAAUUGUAAAUCCAGCAAGUGAUUCUGAUGCAGACAGGAAAAUAAAAGCUUUGUCUGAUCUUGAAAAAGAAACAGAUGUUAAUUUAGUGUUCGAUUCUGAAAAUAUAGGUCAGACUGUGCCAGCAGCUGAAGAUGAGUCAGGAAUUAGUGAAAAAAACAUGGAAUAUAGAAGGUCACAGUCUGAAUUUACUGGUUCCCAGCCUAAUGCUGAGGAAUCACAUAAACUUCAUAGAAACUAUUCAGAACCAACUACUUCAGAUAAAGAGCAGUCUUCCAUACGAGGCAGCAAGUCUUAUGACAACACUCCUGAUGCAGAUUUCGCAAGAUCGUCUCCAGCAUUGAAGCGAAGUUUGGCAGUUACUGACUUAGAUAAAGCAAUGAGAGAUAGGGAUCAACAAAAGUUGAGCUCUAUUUUCAAGGACAACAGCAAAGAUGCUGGUGAAUCGGGGACAAAAGUACCAUCCAGUGAAGAUAAAACUGAAGUAAUACAGCGGAAUGACAGUCAGCUUGAGACAGAUCUUGAUGCCCGGCUCCCAGCACACCGACUUGCCACCUCUAGUCCUCGUAUACGUCAGAGAGCCGAGGGGCCGCAGUCUCCCCCUCAUAGUGCGCCCCCUGUCAAUCCUGUGGCUCCAAUGGUAUAUAAACCUAAUGUCAACCUUGAGGAUGCAGUGAAAUGGCCAAUAGACUUGCCUGGAAAACUAGAUUUCAGAAAAAUGGAGGUGUUUGAAGGUCAGAUGUUGUUAAAUUGGUUAAGUGGUUCCAUCGACAAAUCGCACUACCUGCGGCUUGUAAUGACCAAACAUGACAUCAAUGUCAUAGCAUGCCAGGUGUGUACAUGUCUUGUUGCGGCUGGUGUCAUGAAACAGUUGGAAGGCAAGGAUCAGGAAGGAAUCUUUAAGACUGACUGUAUGUACUAUUGGACACACACUCAACAAAGUUCACCAAAUAUAAAUCAAGAUGUAAAUAAGCUUCAGCCUAUGUGGCCACCAACCCAGGAACAGACAGAGGAUAAUCGACCAGGACUUAAAUAUACAGAAGCAGAUUUUGAGACGUGGAUUGCCUAUCAUCAGGCUGCUAUGGUUACGCUGAGACACGAGUACAAGGAAGAAGUGGACACUUUACAGAGAGAACAUGCAGGUGUGCUGGACAAGGCGAGACAGGAGUAUGAGAACCGUCUGCAGCAAGCUAUUGAGAGGAUAUCACUACUACAGAAAGAAGUUGAGAAGUAUAAAUGUCUCGCUGGUAUAGAGAAAUACUCCCAGAAUGCACUCUCAGAAGCUGAUGCAGCCCAAAUUGAAGCUGGCCUGAAGCCACAGGGUGUGAAUGGUUUUGCAACACCCAUGACAAACACCCCAUCCGUGUCACAGUACCAUACUCCUGCAGGCACACCAGACGCGUUAAACAGCAACUGUCCCAUGAACGUGGUGAAGUCAUCGAAUGAGCUAUUCUCAGAAUUAGAUGGUCAGGUAGAUGGGGCCUCUUGCUCCAGCUCAGAUACGACAAGUCUGGCAGGCAGUGUAGGGGAGUGGAGUGAAGGUGGCACAUCUCUGGUUCCCCCUCCCCCGGCACCCCCACCUCCACCUGGAAUACCUCCACCACCAGCUCCACCUUUACCGGACACAUUGAUGAAGAAAAAAGCACUGAAGCCAGUGGUGAAUCCAGUAUCUCCUAUGAGGCCGUUGUUCUGGAACAGAAUACAAGUGAAUGAUAUUAAAACACCAAAACAUAAAGAGUAUUAUGAGAGGAAGUUGGUGUGGGAGGACCUGCAGGAGGAAAAUGUAGAUAUCAGUGAGCUAGACGCUUUGUUCUCCAAGCGUCAGGUGGAACCUUCUCGCAGAUUUAGUCCCAAUAAACCUAAAAACAAAGCCAAACAACCUGCCAAAGUGAUACAGCCAAAACGUUCCCAAGUUAUUGGGAUCUUGUUAUCUAGUCUUCGUAUUGAAAUGUCUGAGAUAGAACAUGCAAUAUUGACAUUUGAUACGUCACAGCUUCCCGAAGAAAAACUACGCCAAAUUUAUGAAAUUAGGGGAGAUAAUGAUGAGUUGAAGAAAAUCAAGGAUCACAUGAAGAAACAUCCAGACACUCCUCUAGAUAAACCAGAUCAAUUUUUGUAUGAUCUCUCAUUAAUACCGGACUAUGCAGAGAGAAUUUUCUGCUUUAUAUUCCGUGAAGCAUUUCAAGAAAGCAUAUCUGUGAUAGAAACCAAGAUGACAAAUCUUAGAAUGACUUGUCAGAGUUUAAUGUCAAGUAUACAUGUAAAAAGAAUACUUGGUCUGGUGCUAGCUCUGGGAAAUUAUAUGAAUGGAGGAAGCAAAUCUCGCGGUCAAGCAGAUGGCUUUGGUAUUGAUAUUCUUCCUAAACUGAAAGAUGUCAAAAGCAAGGACAACUCAACCAGUUUAUUACACUACACAGUGCAGCAAUAUAUUAAAAAGUUUGAGCGGCAAGAUGCUGGUACCGAUAAAGUAAAAUUUCCGCUUCCUGACCCCAGUGAUCUCACCCAGGGCUGCCAAGUCUGUUUUGAUGAGCUUGAUAAAGAACUACGCAGAAUUAAAAAAGAUUUUGAGGCUGCUGAGGAGCGGGCAGAGAAGGUGAUAAAGUCAGCACGGGAGCACGUGUAUCUUCAACCAUUCAAAGACAUCAUGACAGAAUUUUUUGAAAAAGGAAAGCACGAAUUUGUUGAACAAGAAGAAAACCUUGCAGAUGGCAAGAGAUUAUUUCAAGAAACUGUGAUAUUUUUCUGUGUUAAACCCAAGUCCGGAGAUAAAGAAGUGACGCCGGAAUAUUUCUUCUCACUUUGGUGCACAUUCUGUCAGGAUUUUAAAGAUAACUGGAAACGAGAAGAACAAAAGAUAAUCAAGCAAAGAAUCAAAGAGAAUGAGCUCCGUGUAAAGAAAAUGCAGCAAAGAUUGGCCAAGCAGCCUGUACGCACAAGAACACGUAAAGCUGGUGGACUUAAGUCGGCUAGUCAAAGCUAG